AUGCCCAAACCAACCCCUCACGCUGCUUUCAUGGCCACUUGUCGACUAACUCGCGCCCUCUUUUUCUCUUUACCAGGCCGUGGAACACGCGAGCGACUCGAAGAAUCCCCCGAGCAGGCCGCCAUCCGUCUCGAGAAGCUCCAGGGCGCCGUCCGUACGAUUCUCGAAUGCGUCGGCGAGGACCCCGACCGCCCGGGCGUGCUCGACACCCCGAGACGCUACGCCAAGGCCAUGCUCUUCCUGACCCGCGGCUAUCAGGAGAACGUCAAGGAUAUUGUCAACAACGCCAUCUUCCAGGAGGGCCACAACGAGAUGGUCAUUGUGAAGGACAUUGAGAUCUUUAGCAUGUGCGAGCACCAUCUCGUACCCUUUACCGGCAAGAUGCACAUUGCCUAUAUCCCGAAGAACCAGGUCAUCGGCCUCUCGAAGCUGCCCCGCAUCGCCGAAAUGUUCAGCAGGCGGUUCCAGAUCCAGGAGCGCCUGACCAAAGAGGUAGCCUACGCCAUCAUGGAGAUCCUCCAGCCGCAGGGCGUGGCCGUCGUCAUGGAGUCCAGUCACCUGUGCAUGGUAAUGCGUGGCGUGCAGAAGACGGCGGCGAGCACAAUUACCAGCUGCGUACUGGGUGCCUUUGAGAAGAAGGAGAAGACGCGCAACGAGUUCCUCAGCCUGGUGGGGUUGAAGAAAUAA